AGGAAACUACGUCAAUUUUGUGCGCCGGAUGUUCUCCUGCAACGUGUUGAAGGGAAUUCACGUGUGGAAACCUAAAAGUCUGGAGUCUAAAAGCAUCGUGUUGUCGUUCAAGGCUUUAGCGCUUAGACAUGGGUCGUAAGUUGGAUCCCACCACCAAGGUGAAGAGGGGCCCGGGUAAGAAGGCCAGAAAGCAGAAGGGAGCAGAGGUUGAAUUGGCCAACUUUAUAACAGAGGAAGAUACAGGAGCUAAACGUUUGUCAAGUAGAGCCAGAAAAAGAGCUGCUAAAAGAGUUCAGAACCUAAAAAAGCCAGAAGACAUUACUGAGAAACAACCAAAAAAAGGUUUCAGUGAUGAAAACAGUAAAUGGUUGAAACCUACAAAGAGGAAGCGCAAAAUGGAUGAGCCUGAAAGUGAGGAUGAGAGCGAGGACCAGUGGGAAGAUGAAGAUGAGGAGGAAGAGGAGGAAAAAGCACCUCUGCAAAAGAAAGGAGGAAAACGCCAAGAAAAGAAAAGUGUGGAAUUAGGAUUGAAAAACCUAGAAGAAGAAGAAGAUGAUGAUGACGACGAUGAUGAUGACGAUGAAGAAGAAGAAAUGGUUGACGACUACGGUGCAGAUGAUGAUGGCAGUGGAGAAGAAGAGGAAGAGGAGGAAAGUGACGGAGAUGAUCUUCUUCCAAUUGAACGUGCCGCUAAAAAAGAGAAGAAGCUGAAGGAAUCCAUGGCUCCAAGCAGUGAUGAUGAUGAUGAUGAGGAGGAGGAAGAAGAGGAUGAGGAUGAUGAGCAGAAAUCGGAUUCUGAAAUGGAUGAGGAGGAUACCAUCCAAACUAACAUUGAUGAUGUGGAUAAUUUCAAACUCCCCUCUGCUGAGGAGAGUGAGGAGGGUGCCCUGUCUCUGGACCUGAAGACAGUCCAUCAGAGAAUAAAGGACAACAUCGAUGUCCUCUGUAAUUUCUCAGCAAAAAGAGAGGAGGGCAAAGCCAGGGUGGAGUACCUCUCUCUGCUGAGGAAAGAUCUCUGUACUUAUUACAGCUACAACGAAUUCCUCAUUGAGAAAUUAAUGGAUCUCUUUCCUCUCUCUGAGCUUGUUGAUUUCCUUGAAGCCAAUGAAAUCCAGAGACCAGUCACAAUCCGAACUAACACGCUGAAAACGAGGAGGCGGGACCUUGCACAGGCUUUGAUCAACAGAGGGGUGAACCUGGACCCACUGGGGAAAUGGUCCAAAGUGGGUCUGGUUAUCUACGACUCAUCGGUCCCUAUCGGUGCAACCCCGGAGUAUCUGGCCGGUCAUUACAUGCUGCAGGGAGCCUCCAGCUUUCUUCCUGUCAUGGCGCUGUCUCCCCAGGAGGGGGAGCUGGUGUUGGACAUGAGCUCUGCUCCAGGAGGAAAGACCUCCUAUAUUGCUCAGCUGAUGAGAAACACAGGAGUGAUUGUAGCGAAUGACGCCAACGCUGAUAGACUGAAGAGUGUGGUUGGAAACCUUCAUCGCCUCGGGGUCACGAACGCUGUGGUCUGCAACUAUGAUGGCAGGCAGUUCCCCAAGGUCAUGGGAGGGUUUGACAGAGUUCUGCUAGAUGCUCCGUGUUCAGGUACAGGAGUCAUUGCAAAAGAUCCAGCUGUAAAGACCAGUAAGGACGAGGCAGAUAUUCUGCGCUCUGCUCAUUUACAGAAGGAACUGAUUUUAUCAGCUAUAGACUCUGUAAAUGCUGCAUCUCCUUCCGGAGGAUACCUGAUCUACUGCACAUGCUCAAUAAUGGUGGAGGAGAAUGAGUGGGUGGUGGAUUACGCCUUGAAGAAAAGGAAUGUCAAAUUAGUCCCAACAGGACUUGAUUUUGGAAAAGAAGGCUUCACCAGUUUCAAGAAAUAUAGAUUCCAUCCCUCCCUGAAACUCACACGCCGUUUUUAUCCACAUUCCCACAACAUGGAUGGGUUUUUUGUGGCCAAAUUUAAGAAGUUCUCCAAUGUGAUCCCAUCUGCUUCAACUGGGAAAGAAGAUGAGAAGACAGAAGCUUCUGAGGCGACUGAAGUUACAGAGUCUCCGAAAAAAACGGCGCCCAAAAACAAGACGGUUAAGGAUGCUCCAGCAAAGACGAAUGCCCAAAAGAAAAAUGCCAAAACUAAUGGGGCAGCAGCUAAGAAACAAAACUUCAAGACUAAAGGACAGCAGGACUCUCAGACUGGGCCCAAGAAGGCAAAGAUCGCCAAAAUGGAUGGAGAGCCUGUAAAGGGGGACCAGGUGAAAAAAGGCACGGUGGAGAAGCCUGCGAUGAAGAGCCCUGAUCAGACAAAGGAAUCAAAAACUGUCAAAAAAGAUGGAAGCAGAUUUGAGAAAAAGCAAACCAAAAAAGGGAAAACGCCCUUGAAGAUGAAGAACAGAAUGGGAAAGAAUGCAUUCAAGAAGAUGAAACACAAGUGGCCUAAAAACAAAUAAAGGCUGGGAUGUGAACAGUGAAACCUUGUAAGGCCAUAUUAAAGACCUGACUCUAUUUCUCUACAUUUAAAUAAUGUUUGGGUCAAUGUGUUCCAGUGUUUUAGACCCAUAUGUGUUAAAUAUGACAUGGCUGUACGAUGAUGAAUUUGAUUCACUUUUUGUUUUUAUCAGAUAUAUAGUGAUUGUAGGUUUUCUGGAGGUGAGAACAACUCCCAUAUCCAAUUAAAUAUUUUAAGACUUUAUUUUCUCCCAUUCUGAUUAC